GGUGGCUUUCCAAAUUGGCACGGAGGGAGUAAGUUUUUCAAGCGAAAAAUAAAGAGAAAAGUAAUGGGGUUUCAUUGAAACUAGUGCUGGUUGACAAAUUUGUCCAUUAAGGCGAGUGGACUACUUACUUAGGGCAGGGAGGAAGAAGAGAAGAAUGCCGUUCAUAUCGCAAAUAGAGAGGCAAACAGAUUACAGUUCCUUCAACUCAAGUUGCCCUAUUGUCAUUGACAAUGGCGCUUCCUAUUUCCGUCUUGGGUGGGCAGGUGAGAAUGACCCUCGCAUUAUCUUCCGUAAUAUUGUUCAGAGGCCUCGCCACAAAACCACUGGUGAAACAGUAACAGUUGUGGGUGAUCACAAUCCUGCACUUCUGAAGUACUUUGAUUGCACACGUUCAGGACCUCGUUCAGCAUUUGAGAACAAUGUUGUUUAUCAGUUUGAGAUAAUGGAAUAUAUCCUGGACUUUGGGUUUGAUCGGUUAGGUGCUGAUCAGUCACAGAUUGACCACCCUAUCUUAAUUACUGAAUGUGCUUGCAAUCCCGUUCAAUCUCGUGGCAAAAUGGCUGAGCUUCUCUUUGAGUCAUAUGGAGUUCCUUCAGUAGCAUUCGGUGUAGAUGCUGCAUUCAGCUAUAAAUACAACCAACAGCUUGGAAUUUGUAAUGAUACAGGCCUUGCAAUCAGCUCUGGAUUUAACACAUCUCAUGUCAUCCCGUUUAUAAAUGGAGAACCUGUCUAUGAAGCGUGCUGUCGAACUAACGUUGGUGGAUACCAUGUCACUGAUUAUCUGAAGCAGCUUGUUUCGCUCAAGUACCCUCAUCACAUAUCAACGCUUACAUGGGAAAAGGUUGAAGAACUGAAGAUGGAACACUGUUACAUAGCUGCAGACUAUGCUUCAGAGGUUCAACUAUUUCAGAGGGGGGAUAAGGAAGCUGAAGAAAAAACCAGAUGUUGGCAGCUUCCUUGGACUCCAUCACCAGCCGAAGUGCCUCCAUCAGAAGAAGAAAUUGCUAGAAAGGCAGCUGUGAAGGAGAAACAAAGUCAACGAUUGCGUGAGAUGGCUGAAGCGAAAAGAUCCUCAAAAAUAAAUGAACUUGAAAAUGAAUUAAAAGGGUUGGAAUUCCUGUUGGAGGAGUUGAAGGGCAUUGGGGAUGACGAAAUUGUGUCGUUCCUUGCGAGUAGAGGUUAUACUUCUAAACGUGAAGUGGAAUCCGCUUUUGCAAAAGUUACUCAAUCACUUCGGAAGGCCAAGGGUGAGCAAGUUCCAAGUGAAGAGAAAGCGGAUGCUUCUGCAGCUGAGAAGUAUUAUCUCAUUGAUAUACCUGAUGAUGAACUUUCAGCGGAGCAGCUCAAGGAGAAGAGAAGACAAGUGUUCCUGAAGUCCACAACUGAAGCACGGCAGCGAGCUAAACAAAAGCGUCUGGAGGAGGAGUUAGAAAAGGAGAAGGAAAAGAAACUUGAGGAACAAAAGCGCCUGGAAAACCCAGAAUGCUAUUUGGAGCAGUUGCGAGCAAAAUACAAAGAGCUCUCUGAAAAACUUGAGCAGCGAAAGCGAUUGAAGACAAACGGGAACCAUGCAAAUGGCAAUAAUAAUGUUUCCGGAGGUGUCGGUCGUGGGGAGAGGUUGAAUGCUGCCCAAAGAGAGAGGAUGCGCCUGUUAACCACAGCAGCAUUUGAUAGAGGGAAAGGUGAAGAUACUUUUGGCCAAAGGGAUGAAGAUUGGCAACUCUACAAGCUAAUGAGUAGAGAUAAUGACGAUGAUGACGAUGAUAAGCCAGAUCAUGAUGAAGCUGAGUUGGCUCGCAUCUCCUCUAGGCUUCAGGAAAUCGACCCUACAUUUUUCCCAGGAUCAGAAGCUGGAGCCUCUGCCUCAGAGGCGCCACGUUUCCGUCCUCUAACAAAGGAGGAUUUUCAAAUCAUACUUGGGGUUGAAAGAUUUAGAUGUCCUGAAGUUCUAUUCAGUCCUAACAUCAUUGGGAUAGACCAGUCGGGGUUGGAUGAAAUGGUUGGAGUGUCAUUGAGAAGGUUGCCUACUUGGGGACAAGGCUUGGAGGAUAAAAUGACAAGUUCAAUACUUGUGACUGGCGGGAGCUGUCUCUACCCAGGUAUGGCUGAGCGCUUGGAAGCAGGAAUUCGGAUGAUCAGGCCAUGUGGAACUCCUAUAAAGAUUCUCAGAGCAACAGAUCCAAUUAUGGAUGCAUGGCAUGGUGCUUCGGCCUAUGCUGCUGCUAUGGAAUUCCCGCAGCAAACAUUCAGUAGAAUGGAUUAUUAUGAAAAAGGUGAAAAUUGGCUUCGUAGAUAUAAGUUCAGAUACACUAUCUAAUUGUUCAAGUUGAAACUGAUCGAUUUACAUAGGUUUUAGUACAGUCAGCGGGCUAUGUCAUAUAUGAAUAGUGGACCAUUAAGACCAUUGCGCAUACAGGGUAAUUAUUCUGCUGUAUUCAAAAUGAUGUAUUUCACAACUUGAACUUAAGCAACUUUUGUAUGGCC